UGUUUUUGUUUUGAGCACUCUCUCUCUCUAGGUGAGUUCUGGCUUGGUCUUGAGAAGAUGAGCGCCGUGGCUAAAGACACAGACUACAUCCUCAAGGUUAAGUUCACCGACUGGAGGGGUGAUUCUGAGACCAUCCAGUACCCCAUCCGUCUGGGCGGGGAGGAGAGCCACUACGCCCUCCACAUCCAAGAGACCUCCAACGGCAACCUGGAGAGCGCCCUGGCUACCGAGGCCUCCGGCCUGCCCUUCUCCACCCGCGACCAAGACAAUGACCAGAAGAGCGACACCAACUGCGCCAAACACCUCUCUGGUGGCUGGUGGUUCAGCAACUGUGGACGUUCCAACCUGAACGGCCGCUACUUCAUGAGCCCUCCUCCCAAGCAGAGGCAUCAGAGGAAGCAGGGGGUCUUCUGGAAGACCUGGCGUGGCCACUACUAUCCCCUGAAGACCACCAUCAUGAUGAUCGCCCCCGCUGUGAUCGAGAACAAGUCAUAGAGGAGAGACACUCAGCAUUCUGGCAAAUGUUCUCCUCUUGAACUGAAACACUGUUAGAGGUGGUUAGCUGAUGAAUUGGGUAAGCUACACAGUCAGUCCUGGCUUCACCCAGUGAGACUUCCAACAGAGCCAAGGCCAUCAUAAAAGCCAAAAUAACUCGUACUUUUCAAAAGUCUUCAAGUCUCUCAGCUAGAGACAAAACCGAACAAUGUUUAAAAAGUUAAGAAGUACAUGAACAUGUAAGUCUAGUAGUGGAAAGUUAGCAAGAGUGUUUCACCAAAGCUGUGGUAUGAGCUCACUCUUAAUCACUGUUUAAAAGCAACGCUCAGCCUUGGGACUAAUGAAUGGAACAGAAUGAGGUGAGUUCCAACAUGUUUUGUGUUGCAAGAAACCAAGCAUAUUCCACAUGUUAAGACCCAUCUGACGGAGGUUUCUGAAUGCAAGAGCUCUACCAGAGGUUGAAUACUGCACUCUUUGGCUCGAACCAGCCAAUAAGAAUUAUUUAAAGAAAAAUCCUUUCGCUGUCUGAUGUAACACACUGAUGCAGCGAGAGAAACAAUUCAGAAGUCAGCCAAAGGCCAAAAUGGAGUAACGUUCAAAUGAACAUAGCAGCCAACUCGAAGAAACAAAACCUGUAAAAUGAACAUAGUAUUCAACUCAAAAACAGUACAAUUAACAACCCAGUGGACACAAACUGGUUGAAUCAACGUUGUUUCGACUUAAUUCUCAACGUAUUGUGACAUGGAAUCUACGUGGAAAAUACAUUGGAUUUGAAAAAGUCAUCAACUGUUGUUUUGAGGAUGAAAUUUCAACGACAGUAUUAUCUCUUCACGGUAACCAAAUUUAAACCAAGCCAAACCUUGUAGAAAAUAUGUUGAAUUUGUACCUUUAAAACAGAUCCUCAGAACUUUAAUGUUAUAUCCACUAAUCAAAAAGAAAAACUAUAGGCUGGGCAGCACCUCCUACUGGGUGAUUGAUCUAUAGCUACCCUUUGGUCUCCCAUCCAGGGUUUUAUCCAAGCCCUGCCUAACUAUGAUAUCACUGACUAUUACCAAUGUGCUAUUGUGAGAAUAACUGUUAAAAUCUCCACUUAAAAAUGAAAUAGAGUCACUGUUGCUAUCGAAGUCAUUCCAAAGGGUAGGUUUAACCGAGCAAAUGAAAUGUGACCAUACUUUAUCACUCAUAUAUAUUUAGGAUUUGCAAAUUCAUCAAUGCUGAGUUGAGUUUGUUUGUGAACGCAACCAAAUAUCAACAUUUGAAGUAUAUGUAUCUUCUGCUUGGAUAGUUCCAUGCAGGUGCAUUUAUACGGAGACUUGAUUACACA